AUGGGGCUGGGCCAACUCGCUUCACGAGCCCUCAUCAGAUCAACACGACUCGCCGCCACCAAACCCACUCACCUCGCCCGCCGCACCAUCAGCUCCACGCCGGACCUCCACAACGCCGAAGCCGCUGCCGCGGCGGCGCAGCCGGAACCAGAUCUCCCCAAGCGGAACCCGGUGGCCGGCGCUCGGGUUCACUUCCCCAACCCAGAUGACGCCAUCGAGGUGUUUGUUGAUGGGUACCCCGUGAAAAUCCCCAAGGGGAUGACAGUGCUGCAGGCUUGCGAGAUUGCUGGCGUGGAUAUCCCGCGGUUUUGCUAUCACAGCCGCCUCUCGAUCGCCGGAAACUGCCGCAUGUGCCUGGUUGAGGUUGAGAAAUCGCCCAAACCCGUGGCCUCGUGCGCCAUGCCUGCACUACCCGGAAUGAAGAUUAAGACUGAUACACCUCUAGCUAAGAAGGCAAGAGAGGGAGUGAUGGAGUUUCUUUUAAUGAAUCAUCCAUUGGACUGCCCAAUUUGUGAUCAGGGUGGGGAGUGUGAUCUUCAAGAUCAGUCCAUGGCGUUUGGUUCUGAUCGAGGGCGUUUUACUGAAACGAAGAGAUCAGUGGUUGACAAGAAUCUUGGGCCCCUGGUCAAAACGGUGAUGACUCGAUGCAUUCAGUGCACAAGGUGUGUAAGGUUUGCAACAGAAGUAGCUGGUGUUCAAGAUCUUGGAAUGUUGGGUCGUGGUAGUGGAGAGGAAAUUGGAACUUAUGUUGAACGGCUAAUGACAAGUGAAUUGUCUGGGAACGUGAUAGAUAUUUGUCCUGUAGGAGCCCUGACCUCAAAACCUUUUGCCUUUAAAGCCCGUAACUGGGAGCUGAAAGGAACUGAGAGCAUUGAUGUAACAGAUGCCGUUGGUUCUAAUAUUCGCAUUGAUAGUAGAGGUCCUGAAGUCAUGCGUGUUGUGCCUCGAUUGAAUGAGGAUUUCCUGAACAAGAUGGGGUCAAAUAACAUCUGGUGUGAAGGAAACGGUCCAAAUCCUAAUGCCGACCUGCGUUCUGGAUAUAUUAUGAACACUAGUAUAAGUAGUUUGGAGAAAGCUGAUGUUUUCCUUCUAGUUGGCACACAGCCAAGAGUAGAAGCUGCAAUGGUGAACGCGAGAAUCCGCAAAACCGUCCGGGCCACCAAUGCCAAAGUUGGCUACGUGGGCCCACCGGCCGACUUCAACUAUGACCACGAACACCUCGGCACGGGUCCGGACACGCUCUCCGAGCUCGCUGAGGGCCGCCACCCGUUCAGCUCUGUCCUCUCGAGUGCCAAGAACCCGGCCAUAAUCGUUGGGGCUGGAGUCUUCGAGCGCAAGGACAAGGAUGCCAUCUUCUCGACCCUCGAGAAAAUUGCCCGAAACUCAAACGCGAUCCGGCCCGACUGGAACGGGCUCAACACCCUUCUCCUCAACGCCGCGCAGGCUGCUGCCCUUGACCUCGGCCUCGUGCCGGAAUCCGGCAGCAGCGUCGAGACGGCCAAGUUCCUCUAUCUGAUGGGGGCAGACGAUGUCGACUUGGAGAAACUUCCAGAAGAUGCAUUUGUGGUGUACCAGGGCCACCAUGGGGACCGAGGCGUUUACCGGGCGAACGUGAUUCUCCCGGCUUCAGCCUUCAGCGAGAAAGAGGGCACUUACGUAAAUACAGAGGGGUGUGCCCAGACGACAAUACCUGCCGUGCCGACUGUUGGGGAUGCGAGGGACGAUUGGAAAAUUAUUAGGGCACUGUCUGAGGUAACUGGGGUCGAGCUAAUGUACAACACACUUAGUGAUGUGCGGAAUCGGAUGAGGACUGUGGCGCCUAACCUUGUGGUGGUUGACGAGAGGGAGCCGGCCGUGUUCUCGAGCUCGGCCCUGAGGCCCGAGGUGAAGGAGAAGAUGGAUAAUAAGGUGCCAUUUGGAGUUGCUGUCGAGAAUUUCUACAUGACCGAUUCCAUUACACGGGCGUCGAAGAUCAUGGCCCAGUGCAGCGCGUUGUUGAAGAAGUGA